AGCACCGGCACGGCUCAUCACAUCGUUUAGUCAACGAGGGAGAGCGACUGAGGCCGAGAUCGAUGGCCGCCGCGAGGGAGGAUGCCGCGUUGCCGCUGCUGCCGCGGUCGAAGGCAGAGACGGGAGGGGACGAGAAUGUGCCGUCGUGGUGGUGGAGGCAGUGGUUGCGCGAGGCCGGGCGGGUGGGCUACCUGGCGCUGCCGAUGCUGAUGGUGAGCCUGGCGCAGUACGCCGUGCAGGUGGCCUCCAACAUGAUGGUGGGCCACCUCCCGGGCGUGCUCCCGCUCUCCUCCGCCGCCAUGGCCACCUCCCUCGCCACCGUCUCCGGAUCCAGCGUCCUAAUUGGACUGGCAGGUGCACUGGAAACUCUCUGUGGCCAAGCCUACGGUGCAAAACAAUACCACAAAGUAGGAGAGCACACCUACAGAGCAAUAUUCACCCUCCUAGUGUUCUGCAUUCCGCUCUCAAUUCUAUGGGUGUUCAUGGGAAAUAUCCUGGUCCUCCUAGGGCAGGACCCCCUGAUCGCAGAGGGAGCCGGGAGGUACAUGGUCUGGCUGAUCCCGGGGCUCUUUGCGAACGCGGUGAUCCAGCCGAUCACCAAGUUCCUGCAGACCCAGAGCCUGAUAUACGCCCUGCUCCUGUCAUCCGUCGCAACGAUGGCAAUCCACAUCCCUCUCUGCUAUGUGAUAGUGUUCAAGACCGGAUUUGGGUACACUGGAGCUGCUCUGUCCGUAAGUAUAUCGUAUUGGCUGAAUGUGUUUAUGCUUGUUGGGUACAUCGUGUUGUCGAGUUCUUGCAAGGAGACGCGCACAUGUCCGACGAUCGAGGCCUUCAAGGGAGUGGAUGUGUUCCUUCGCCUAGCUUUGCCAUCUGCACUGAUGAUAUGUCUUGAAUGGUGGUCAUAUGAGCUCCUCAUUCUUAUGUCAGGGCUUCUACCCAACCCAGAGCUGCAGACCUCAGUGCUUUCAAUUUGUCUUACAAGUAUAGCAUUACUGUACACUAUACCUACUGGAAUUGGAGCUGCUGGAAGCACACGAGUAGCGAAUGAACUGGGUGCUGGGAACCCUGAAGGAGCUCGAUCAGCAGUCCGUGUUGUGAUGUCCAUGGCGUUGAUGGAUGCGGUUAUCGUGAGCGGAACUCUUCUAGCGGCACGGCACCUCGUCGGACGUGCGUACAGCAGCGAGGAGGAGGUCAUAUCUUUCGUCGCGUCCAUGCUUCCUUUGGUAUGCAUCUCCGUGGUCACUGACGGUCUACAGGGAGUCCUCGCAGGCAUUGCCCGAGGGUGUGGGUGGCAGCACCUGGGCGCGUACGUCAACCUCGGCUCCUUCUACCUGCUCGGGAUCCCAAUGGCGAUCCUCCUCGGGUUCGUGCUGAACAUGGGAGCGAGAGGGCUCUGGAUAGGCGUCGUCUGCGGCUCCGUGACGCAGACCACGCUCAUGGCCGCCAUCACGUUCUGCACCGACUGGCCCAAGAUGGCUGAGAAGGCCAGGGAGAGGGUGUUCAGCGAGAAGCCGGCGGAGCCUGGGUCCAGAAGUCUACUGGAGCAGCUGUAGUUCCGCUCCGAUUUUGCAUGGGAGACGUGUUGUGUGGCAUUCGUGGAAGGGGGUCAAAGUCAAUCUUUGCUGAGUUCAUGGCUCGUGUUUUGUGCUAGUAUUCCUCACCAAAUUCUUGCUUUGAGCUCCGCCUUCCCGCGAUUGAUUUUUUGUACCACCUGGACUGGACAGAAUAAUGAAUCGUCAACUCGAUGUUUGUAAAUUGUAAUAGCAGCUAGAAACUC